UCAUCAUCAGGAAUCUCCUACCACACCCAUUCUUUUGAAGCGUUUGUUUUCUCCUCCUCUUCUUCUUCUUUGCUUCUCGCGUCUCUUCAUUUAUUUGUUUUUUCAUUCUUUUUAUUUGGUGCCACAAUGACUAUCCUCAUCAACCAGCCUGAGCUUGGGUCACGAGUGGAUGACCAGAAACACCAGGAUGAUGUUAAGGAAUUGGUUUUGGACGGUGGAUUUCCUGUGCCUAAAACUUCUUCAGACGAAGGAUUUGAUGCACCGGAAAUCAAUGCUUUUGGGAAUUCCUUCAGGGAUUACAGUGCUGAAAGUGAAAGGAAAAAGUCUGUCGAGGAAUUCUACCGCCAACAACACAUUAACCAAACCUAUGAUUUCGUAAAGAAGAUGAGAGAAGAGUAUUCGAAACUGGACAAAGCUGUUAUGAGCAUAUGGGAAUGCUGUGAGCUCCUUAACGAAGUUGUAGAUGAUAGUGAUCCUGAUUUGGAUGAGCCCCAAAUUCAACAUUUAUUGCAAUCUGCUGAAGCUAUUAGGAAAGAUUACCCUAAUGAAGAUUGGCUGCACUUGACUGCUCUUAUUCAUGAUCUUGGAAAGGUUCUUCUUCUCCCUCAAUUUGGAGAACUUCCUCAAUGGGCUGUUGUGGGAGACACAUUCCCUCUUGGCUGUGCUUUUGAUGAGUCUAAUAUUCACCACACGUAUUUCAAGGAAAAUCCAGAUUCCAAAAAUCCUACCUACAGCACCAAAAAUGGAAUUUAUGAGGAAGGAUGUGGGCUGGAAAAUGUAAUGAUCUCAUGGGGACAUGACGACUAUAUGUACUUGGUGGCCAAGGAAAAUGGAACUACUCUACCUCCAGCUGCAUUGUUCAUUGUUCGAUUCCAUUCCUUCUAUCCUUUGCACAGGGCAGGAGCAUACAUGCACCUAAUGAAUGAGGGAGAUAAAGAAAGUCUGAAGUGGCUUCACAUCUUCAACAAGUAUGAUCUCUACAGCAAGAGCAAGGUUCUUGUUGAUGUUGAUGCAGUCAAGCCAUAUUACCAAUCCCUCAUUAAGAAGUAUUUCCCAGAGAAGCUCAGAUGGUAAACUGCAGGGCCAAGUAUUGGUGUUAAGAAGGCAAUUGAUGCUUGUAGGCGAGUUAGAUUCGUUGGAUUGUCAUCUAAAUAUGGAACCACAGUUAUGAUAUGAUUUAAAAAAAAAAAAUUACAUAUCUGAAUAUAUCUGAAGGCCAGUGUAAUCAUCUACUCGGAAGAGUUAUCUAUUGUAAUAAUAUAAAUUUCAUAAAUUUAACUGAAAUUUUAUCUGCAA